AUGGAGAAUAGCAAUCUACCUCUGGUGUAUGAGAUGUCAACACAGGCAGUAGUACUCUGUACUGUUGCCUUCAUAUCAUUUCUCGUCUGCAUUCCACCAUUGAUCUGGCACUGCCGGAAUGGUAACUUUCCUGCCUCCUGCUUGAUUUUGUGGAUUCUCACCCAAAACCUGUUCAAUUUCAUUAAUCCAUUAAUUUGGCCUGAUGAUGAUCCCAAAUCCUGGUGGAUGGGUUAUGGUUAUUGUGAUAUUCAGUCCAAACUUAUCACCGGUGCCGGCGUUGGUAUUGCUGGUCCCUUAGUCUGCAUCUUUCGCAGUCUCGCAAAAGUCCUGGACACGGAACGAACUACCCUCGUGCCUACCAAAGGCGACCGAAGAUGGAAGGCUACGUUUGAGGCCAUAUAUUGCGUCAUUAUCCCAGUCGUCAUUAUGGUCCUGCACUUUAUUAUCCAAGACAGCAGAUAUUACAUCUACAGCAUCGUUGGCUGCAUGCCAGCAUAUCACUCUAGCUGGGUUAGCUUCAUUGUGGGUUACAUCUGGCCUCCAAUCAUCUUGAUAAUCGCCUGUUUUUAUUGCGGACUUGUUCUAUAUCGCUUGUUCAAGUACAAACGUGAAUUUUCCCAGCUUGUAUCUUCUGACAGCACAACCAGCAAGUCCAAAUUUGUCCGCCUACUCACUAUUUCGCUUGUACUUCUUCUCGGAAGCCUCCCAGCCCAGUUCUUCGUCUUCUACACCAAUAUCACCUCCUACAAGCCUUGGGCCCCUUAUUCAUGGACCGAAGUUCAUGGCCCUCACUGGGGUGAGAUUAUUAAGUUUCCAAUGCACGGCCAGGUCUACUAUGAUCGUUGGAUACAAGCUGCUGCGGGAUUCCUUCUUUUCUUUUUCUUUGGUAUCGGUCAUGAUGCCACCAUGAUGUACCGGUCCAUUCUUCUAAGGCUCGGCUUUGGAGAUUGUUUCCCUGCACUUCAGCAUCCACAUAUCAUGAUCAAUCAGAGACAAGGCUCAUCUUCUACUCGAUUCGGCUCGUUCAGCAGCACUGUCAAAAUGGCUUUGGGCCGAAAGAAACUUUUGACAUCUACGGUCGACUCAGAUAUCACUCUAAAUGAAAAAACAGGAAAUAUGUCACUGGAUGGAUGCUUGUUCACUAAGCUUGAACCAACUUACUCCCUGGACAAUCAAAAUGGCCCCCAAAAGUCUUAUCGGAUGCCAACAGUGCCAGGACCUAUAACUCAUCCCAGCAAUUUCAACAUGCCCCAAAAACCACGCCGACAAUCCGGGGACUCUAUUUUCCUCGAAUUUCUUACAGAGUCACCUAAGUCCAGUACUGCAAAACAAGGUAGAGGGACGCAUAGCGGGCACGAUAUGGUUUAG